UCUGUAAUAACAUAACACGAAGUUAUCUAAGUACAUUUGUGGUAAAGUUAUCUGCGCGGCCGGUUGGUAAAUAGAACAUAUCCAAAAUGGAAGCCGUAGUUUUUGAUGGUAAAUCCCUUACUCUGAAAUACGACAACAAGUACCCGAUGCCGAAGCUGGUGAACGACACUGAUGUCAUCGUCAAGGUGGAAUACUCAGGAGUCUGCGGCACCGACCUUCACAUCAUCCAGGGUGAGUUCCCGGCUCUGAAGGAGCGACCUCUUCCGCUCGGCCACGAGUUCAGCGGGGAGAUCUUCCAAGCUGGUAAGGCAUCCGUCUUCAAGAAAGGCCAGAAAGUCGUCGUCGAUCCUAACAGGGCCUGUAACCUGUGUGACUUCUGUCGGAGCGGCAACUACCAGUACUGCCUGACGGCUGGCAUCAACAGCACCAUUGGCAUCUUCAGGAACGGCGGCUGGGCGCAGUACUGUCUCGCUCCACAAGACCAGGUCUACGCCUUGCCUGACGGCAUUACCACAGAACAAGCUGGCCUAUGCGAGCCAUACUCUUGUGUGGCACAUGGGUUCGACAGAGCAUCUCCACUGAAAGUUGGACAGAAGAUAUUGAUCUCGGGAGCAGGUAUUAUCGGUAACUUAUGGAUCACCACGCUGCACCAUCACGGCCACAGAAACGUGACUGUUUCAGAAAUGAACAAAGCAAGACUGGAAAUCGUCAAAAAUUUAGACACCGGAUACAGACUAGUAACGCCUGAUGUUUUAGCAGCCGAAAAGCCACAAUUUGACGUCAUUGUCGAUUGCACAGGAGUCGGCAAGGUUAUGGAAAUAAACUUCAACUACUUGAGACACGGCGGGAAAUAUAUUAUAUUCGGAUGCUGCCCACCCACGCACCAGGCUUCAGUGAACCCGUUCGUGAUGUACGACAAGGAGCUUACCAUCAUUGGAGUUAAGAUCAAUCCGUUCAGUUUCAAUAACGCUAUUGGCUGGUUGCAGGCUAUGGGCAGCAGAUACCUCGAGUACAGCAAGCUUGGAGUCAAGACUUAUGCCCUCUCGGAGUACCAGAAGGCAUUGGAGGACCUCAAGACAGGAAGCAUUGCUAAAGCUAUCUUCAAGAUCAAAUAAUCUAUUUGAUCUUGAUCUUCUAUCUUAUCUAUAGUUCUUAAGUCUUCUGUUCCGUUAAUAAAUGGUUGUUUAAAUUUGUUUUAAA